GAGGAGAGCGAGCCGGUGCGACCUUGGUAUCACAGGCUGCUCACAUGUGCCUGCUGUCCGAUCCGGGUUUGUCUCAAAGGGGUAGCCUUGCUGCUGCGCUUGUCUUGCGCGGCGAUCUUGCUGCCUUUCCAUCUCAUCUCAAAGGUGAUCAUCUACUUUGUGGUGGAAAGGCUACAGGCGCUCACGUUGUUCCUCGCUCACGUGGUGUUUCUGACCUCAGUCUUGCACGACGAUGCAAAGACUGGUGCCCUCAACUCGGAGACCGGAGCUCCUUGGGCAACCUGGCAGUUCCUGCUGCUAACGGCAAGUGCUUGGCUGCUUCUCCAGGCCUUUCUGCGAGUAGGUUUGUCUGAAAACGAUCCAGGCCUUAGUGGGCUUGACUUCCUCCAGUGCUAUGUCUUCUACGUGGCACCCGGUAUUGGUGCAGGCUUUGACCUCAGCAAGGACAUCAUCUUGGCAGCGUUAUGUGCAAACUCUAGCUUCCACUUCGUGCAGGGCAUGGGGUACUUGUGCUAUUUCUGGCUGGUUGCCAUGCACUGCGUACGAAUGGUCUACUCCACGAAGGCAAAGGAUGAGGCAUGCUCUGUUUAUGGAGGCUUGCUCUACUUGAAUACUUCAACAACACUGCGUUUUGCCACACGGCUAAGGUUUUUAUCUGCGCGUCUUUUCACCAAGCAGGAAUGGCGAGUCAUGGUUGCUAAGGAAAAUGUGGCUCUUGUGGCAGCUGCAAGCCUGGCUCUGUCGGAGAAGCGAGUGAAUGGUAAAGUGUUCACUCUUCUGUGGAACAUUGGUGUACCCCUCUUCAAGCUUGUGGCUGGUUUCGUCUCCAGUCGUUUCGAUGACGAGAGUGAGCCGGAAGAGGCUUUGGCAAAAUCAACUGCAGCGGAGCUGGAAGAAGCUGAACAGCCCGGAACGUCGGAAGGGCCUAGAGACCAGGCGGCCUAG